UGCUAACCUGUUGGCACACCUGUUCUCCAUAAUCCAUCAGUGAGCACAGCAGUUCAUCCACGGAGCAGCAAAGAUCUCUCUGGGAUUCGAAACUGCUUCACAGCAGAGCUUCUAUGAGUUGGUGGGCCUGAGAUCCUUCAAAGGUGUUGGGGAGGUGAAAAGAGUGCGACGGAAGAGCAGAGGAACGCUGUCGGCCAUCUUAGUCCAGCUCAGCCACUAGAGAAGGAAAAAGAUGGCUUAUUUACAAAUGGGACAAAGGGACCUGGGCGGGGAAUGCUCUCAGGAGGCCGAGGAUGCUCGCCCAACAACAAGCGGAGAUGAAUCCUACACCUGUGAUCAGUGUGAAAGGACUUUUGCUACCAAGAGUCGCCUCACGGUACACAAACGGAUCCACGCAGACGUAAAACUGUAUCGCUGUGACGAGUGCGGGACUUCUUUUUGUCGGAGCAGCAGCUUAAAAAGACAUCGAGUCAUCCACAGUGGGCUCAGACCAUACACGUGUGAGCAGUGUGGGAAGACUUUCAAUCAGAUGAGCAUCUUGGAAAGGCAUCGACUCCUCCACAGUGGAAUUAAACCACACACAUGUGACGAGUGUGGGCUGGCUUUUACCUGGCUGCCAAGCUUGAGGAAACAUCAGUUGUCCCACUCUGGGAUUGCAGACUGAAGCAGAUGAAUGCAGUUGUCACCCAUCAGCGCUGUAGUAGCCACUGUUCUUUACCGGCUUCUUCACAGCGAGCGCACACUGAAGUACUGAAAAGAACCUGGAAGAUGUUUCCCCUCAGAAGCUCAUCAGAAGUCCACGGAGUCACCCACAGAUUGGAAAAACCUUCAGAUGGCGCUUCCUAGAACUCAAUGUCCUUUUUUUUUUUUUUUUUUUUUUUCCUUUUUUUUUCUUUUUUCUUUCUGUGAUUUGCAGUAUCUGUAAUUUUUGAAGUGUCACAGUGAACCAAUCCAUUCAGUCACUGGCAUUUGUAACUCUGGACAAUUUUAAUGUCCCGCUGGCUUAGGUGCGCAUUCAGAUCUCAUCAAUUGAACCUGACCAGCAGUAAAACAUAUAGAAAGUAAUUAGAUAACCAAAAGAAAGCUAAAACUACUUUUAACUGCUUAUUAAACUGACUGCUUCUCUUAAGUAACUAAUUAGCUGCUUAUAGGAAAAGGUGACCCCCCCCAAGCAGCAGUUUAGUAUUUAUAGUUGAAAGAAAUCUGAUACUAAGGUAACUUAUUGAAUCUUAAAUUGUAUUUUUUUUGUAUUCCCUGUAUUUCUUUUUUCUUUGCAUGGAAUCAACACAUCUCUACAUACAGUACUGCAGUAAAAUGGUGCAUUUUUAGCAGUGUUUAAAGUUUGGUUGAGUUGUACUAUUGGACCGUGUGUUAACUCAUAUUUGAACAUCAUGUUUUAUGACAUGAUGCAACAUUUUGGAACAACUUAGCUUCUUUUGUGUUUAGGCGGCGCACUGAGAAGUAGCUACUAAAUGUUACAUGUAAUGAUCUUCCAGUGUUUUUCCAUAGGUUUAAAAAUAAAAUCCUAUUUAUAAUUUCAGUUUGUACUGAUGGUCAGUGAAACAGUAAAGCUUUCUGAGUUGUAGUUGGAUGCUCAUGUUUGAGGAACGCAUAUUAAUUAUACAGGUUUGAUGAAGUUAAAGUACUGGCAGUCAAACUCGUCAUCUACCAUCAGUCUAGAGGUGGAAAGUAGUGGAGUACAUUUAGUCCAGUGCUGCAGAGUGUUUAGAUACUUGUACUUUAUCACUUGAUCAAUGCUCUCUACUUAGACUCCAUCAGACUUCAGAAGGAAAUAAUGACACUUCUUAUGCACCAUAUUCAUCUGACAGCUUUAGUUCUUCACACAUAAAGACUUGACCGACAGUGACAUGAAUCACUGCUCUGAAUAAAAGCAGCCAGCAUUGUUCAUCAGUUAAAAUGCUGCUUUGAAAGCCCUAUGUUAUUAUUUGAUCAAUAAUAUUGAUCAGUAGGAGGAACAUUGACAAGAUCUGGACCAUGUUUUUCACCUUGAAGCACAUCUCAUCUGUUUGCUGCGCAAUUUCAAAACAU